AUGUCGCCCAGCGAAUCUCCGUUGACCGGGCUAGGUGAGUUGGGUGGCUCGGGCCGUGCCAGUCCCAAGGUAGAGCCCACUCUCGAUUUCCAUGGACACCAUCCCGGGCCCGCGAUAGCUUCGACCAUGCCCGCGCCAGUGGAGGAUAUCACCCAGGUUUCAUUUGAGGAUUUUGCCACGCGCUACCACCAGAACCAGCGCAAGCAGGCCCAAAGGAAGAGGCUGGAGAAGCGUCUCCGGGCUACCAAAGUGUCCAUUGGCGUCUCUGCGCGUAUGAUUCGCGUUGGGCUGACAGCACAGCGAGGUCUCAUUGAAGCUCUCCGCCAUGAUGAUAAGGCCAAUUUUGUCACACUCUACCAUACCCUCCAUGACCUUCAGGAAUCGUGCGGUUCGCCCAAUCUCAACGAUGGCCAGCCAGACUCCAUGGACGGGGAGCCAUCCUUGGCAACUGACAUUGACCGUUUCCCGGAUUUCCUACAUCAACUGAGCCCUCAGUCCCGGACGGACUUCUUGGAGAUUUUGCGGCUGGUCCGCUCUGAUUCCCAUUUUUUGGUCGACCGCUUACGGAGCCUGUCUUCGUCCCAAUUGGCCACUUUUACCUCUCCUGCCUCUGCUUUGGAUUCCAAUGAUCCCGCGUUUCCUUCCAACUCCCGUGCUCGGGGUCAAUCUUUCUUGAGCCGGACCCAGGCUCAGUCUGCUGCCUUUAAGGACCACGCACAUGCCUUUGAGAGGACUGACCCACUUUCUAUACUUCUGUUUAACGUUUUUGCCGCACCUUUGGACCCAGAGACACCUGAAUCUCGCUUGCGAAUGGACGUGUGGUCAUCCGUCUGCGCCCAGCUAAUUUCAAAUGGAAGUAGUAGAUACUACCCUCUCAUCGGCCAGAUUCUUUCUUCGUGGGCUACCGGUAGCACUUGGAAAGCCCGUCCUAAGUUUGAACUCUACCUAAUGGAUAUUUUGCAAACUGGUGCUUUUCUUUUGGAGCCCAUAGCCACUCCACCUGGACUGGAUUUUUCCAUGGAUUCCUUGGACCCCCUGCGAACGGAUGUUGCAGAGGAAUUCUUUGCUUCUGCCGUGGACGACCUAUUUUCUGUACUUGAUGAUCCGGAUGGUGGCUUUCCUCACGCUGUCUUACAGUUUGCAAAGGCCGUUUUGCGCAAGCUAGAUAACCCGGAAAUCCGCAAUCGCUUUUUGGAAUUCUUAUUCGUCCAGUGGUUCUUCUCAAAGUUCCUCUAUGGCGCGUUGACGUACCCUGAGACUCACGGUCUUCUCCUCGACUUCCAUGUCAGAAAAGAUGCUCGUGAGAAGUUGCUGAAUCAGGUCGGGCACCGCGCCUACUCUCAAGUUUAUGCUGUUUUGCGUUCAAUGCAACAUUUCUCAAUCCCUCGUCCGAUAGUUAGAGAGCGUGUGGUGAACAUGCUCUCUCGGUUCCAGAAUACGAUGCCGCCGGAAGUAUCGGUCGACCCUUCAAUACCCUCUUUACAAACAUCCCUUCCUCAUCGACGAAACUCUCCUUCAACUUUCCUGAUGAUGUCUUCUUUGGAUGUUCUCACACUCCUAGACGCCCUUUUCCAACAGACACCCUCUCCUAUGCAUUCCUCGCCGGCCUCGGCAGGAAUUCCUAAUUGGCCAUCCAGUCCACCUGCAUCUCUUAACCUUCGCCCAGACUCGUUUACGGAAUCUGGAUUCGCUCGUUUCAAGCAUGAAACAAGUUCAAGACCUACAUCUCAUAACGGCUCCAUAUUUUCCGUGGAGACACCUUCCAUUUUGGCACCGGAAAUUAGCCUGUCAGAAAAGGCCGCUCGCAUUCGAUUCGAGCUAACUGAUUUAGAUCAUCCCAAUGAGCGCUUGAGUUUAGAGCACCCCUCAAACGAGCAUUGGGCCAUUCUCUCGGUUGCAGCAGAUGGUCAUGGCUUGACUUGGAGUCUCCUCCCUGAUAGCAGUUAUGGAAUGUCUAAGAAUGCGAUCAUUGAAAGCGACGAUGACUCACACUCCACAACUCUAGGACUGGAGGAAAAUCAUGAAGCGUUGCAGACAGCAAUCGUUCGACUUGUCAACGAGAAUCGCAUCCAGGACUCGGAUGGGUAUGGAUCCCUCUCACAGAAUAGUCUGCAGCCAGGUGUUUUGUCUUUGAAGCAGCGAUUCAACGAAGCUAUGUUCUGCUGCCACCAUGACUCCGAUUUUGUCGGUGCGCAUUACUGGUGGAACGCUUCACAGCAGCUCGGGCAGACCCUUUCAAGGACCACAGAUGAUUCAUGGAUUUUAGGCCCCAUGCAUGAUUCUUAUAGCCGCUCAUUGAUCCAAUCACGAGCUGUCAUUGAUCGUUGCGAAAGCGACUUUGUAUCUUUGGAUCACAGUCUCCGCCGACUCCAAACUCAAGUUAAAGACCUUUCGUCCACGUUUUGCAAGAUCCGAGAUAAGAUGUGGUACAUGACGGACGUCAAGAAUUCCAUGAAAUACGAGGAAGCUAAACAUGUCGCUAUGGCUUUGAAAACGAUGAUCUACUCAGCCCGACUGUUCAGCCAAUUCCCCGAAGAACAACGCUCUCGUUACGGCGCGAGGUCCCUAGGUGGCUCUCUAUUCCAGAAACCUGAAGUACAAGUCAUGAACAUGAUGAAGGCACCCAGCAGCCAAGGUGGUCCAAACAAACUUUCCGACGAGCAAGUCGAGCUGACUCGAAAAUGGUUGUCACACAAUGGCAUUGAGAAUUUCUGCAAGGGCGAAGAAAGAAUCCAUCGAUUCUGUUACGAAGUUCGAAUGAGUAUCAAUAAACUGGUGGGUGAAACAAUGACCGAGACGCCGGUCUUAUGGGCAAGUGAACUUUUCCAAAAAGAACGCUCAAGGUUUGAGGGCUACGGUUCACGCUCAUUCCCAUCCAUGUCUAUGCCUAGCACUCCUCGGCCCUCCACGACCACAAGCGAGGACACUAGCUCGACCUCCCACUUUUAUGGUGCCAACAUGAUCAUGCCUGAUCCUAUGACCCGCCUUUCUCAAGAUACACCGUCAUUGGGUCACAAGCCCUCCAUCCAGAGCAUUAUAUCUGACAAAUGGCGGCCUCAGCGUGACUACCCUUCAAUUGAUAUGUCAUCGCUUGGAGGUUCGCCUGGCCGUGCUGCGUCAACAGCUACUAGCGACACCUGCAGUACAUUCUGGUCCGCACCACAGAGACACCAAAUGUAUGCCGCCAGUGUGUCGAGCGUUUACUCACGACCACCAUCGAUGUUCAGUGAAACAGUGACACGCCAGCCUCGUCGUGUCGAACGUAAGACACACGGAAAGGCAGCCUUCAUGGAUGGCUUGAGACAGACUUUGACUAGCCUGCUCCUGAGCGAUCUGGGCUCUCCAGUAUGGAGUUGUGGCAGUGAAACUGAUGCUUGGUUUACGAAUGCACUGAACCAGAAACGCAUUCAGGUAGAAAUGCGCCGACGAGCUGCUGUCCAGAAAUUCUUUGCCGAUUACGAAGAGCGCUCUAAUCAUCUUGGCCAGCAACGUGGUCCAUUCAAGGGUCGCCGGAGCAGGUCUCUGGAUAACCUGCGUGCGUCUAACCACAAAGCUCCAAGUGUAGAAGCUUCGUCACAGCUACCGCAACCAUCUCUGGAAAGAGAUGGGCAAUCCAGCUUUUCGUACAAGGCAGUCUUCCGCCGACUGAUCGAGGUGUUUUCGCGUCAUGGCAACCCCUUCGUCAAACUCAACGCGCUGCGAGACUUGCGGUCGUUAGUGAUUGCAUCGCUCCUUUCACCUCAGGAUGCCACUUUCCCUGAAACACAUGGCUCUCCCGGAGAACCCGACAGGAUGCGGACUAGUCCGCAACUCCACCGAGCUGCUCGCCACAGUUUCUCGGAGGUACGCGCCCACGAUCUCCCUCAGACAGACCCAGUGCUGCCAUCCUCACCACCCGAGUCAGUCACAUGUGGCUCGCGACAAUCUGACUAUUCCACUCCAUCCGAAGCACAAAUUGUAGCCACAUUGCGCGAUCUGAUCCUUGAAAUAAAGCCCAAGACCCUUUUCAGGGACCUACAGUUCAUAUCAGCGUUUGUCCCAGGGGAGCAGCUAAACAAGACAGACCGCGGAACAGCAUUCCUUCAAUUUGGCUUAGCUGCACUAAGCCUCAAAGAAGAAAUCUGCCACAGCAUGGUUGAGAUCGCCGACCGAAUCGUCUCCCAGGAGCUCUCCCGUCGUCAUCCCCCCUUCGCCUCGGACUUCCAAUCCCGGCCCAGUCAUCCCAUCCAAGAUGCGGCGGGAAUGUGGAUCAUCACCGCCAAAGAAGGCAACCCAGUCGCGCAGCGAGAACUCGCGAUCCUCUACCUCACCCACCCAGAGCUUCUUCCACGCGUUACUCUACCGCUGACUCUCCCACGGGACACCUUCAAGGCGGAAAUGAUGUACAGACGAGACAAAGAUUCCAAGUCAGACCCGCAGAGUAUGUGUCUGGCGCUGCACUGGAUGCAGUUGUCGGCUAAUGGGGGCGAUACUCUUGCUCGGAACCGACUUCGCGAGCGCGAGGAGUUUGAUUCCAUUGCUUGA